CCCCACGAUGCAAAUCCCAAACGAAGCUCCUCGUGUCGUCGCCAUGUUCCAUCACGCUUGGCAGUAGAAGACACAACCGAAUAUUUCGCCACAGGCAUCCAUGAACCAUCUAGCUAGCCCAUUCCUUCUGCACGUGUCUUCAUUCCGAAUUUCACCCGGAUAAUGGACUUGUGCCGCAUAAUACCAAGUCUAGUUUCCGAUGGCUGGAGGACAAGCCCACCGAAGUCCAUAUUCCCACGCAGGCUCACUCGGACCCUGAAAAUGGACAAACCACAGGGCCAAUUUGACAUAACAGUCUACAAGAAUGAUACUCAUGCUUACUCCUAUCACAUACGACCACAGGGUGUGGAAAAUAGGGCUUCCCGUCCGCUCAGCCGUACUCAAGCCACACGCCGGGAGGUUAGUAGUUGGGUGGGUGACCACCAGCGAAUCCCUUCUGUUGUAUGUUUUUUUCUGUCUGCGCACUUACCCUAAGACCACGAGUGCUUUCAGAGAGUACGGAAGACACCAAAAUACCUCUCUUUCGUUCUCUAAGAGGGUGAGUGCGUGGCACCUUUCUUUUUCUUGGUAACCUUCGCG